AGCUUUCCAGUCUGGAAGCGAAGGAUUGGGAUGCAUGAAGGCAUAAAUCCAGUUUUGGAUUUGCACCCCGUUGCCUGCGCCCAGGGAAAGGGUGGCAACCGGAGAGCCCGCUCGUCCUAGAAGGGAGCAUCUCUCUUCUCGCAGUGCUUUUCUCCGUCCCGGAAACGGGCUCUUUUGAAUGCACUGUUUCCCCGGGAGCGGGAGCAACCUGGGCUGGGCGAUCCGGUUUGGGGUUUUUUGGAGAGGGAGGAGGAUCUUGGCUGGACGUUCGCUGCUCCCUAAGCCACUUCGGACUCUUGAUUUGACGUUGAGCGUCAGAUGGAUGGUUAACGGAGGAUCUUAAUAGGCCUUGCCAGGCUAGACCACCAAGGGAGGAAGCCCUGGAGUUGAACCUCUGCCACCCACGGCCAGCGUCUGGGAGCUCCAGGAGAGAAGGGAAGAGAGGAGAUGGAUAAUCGUCGAAGGAAGAACGAGCCAGGUGUCCUGGUCCAGGCUGCACUCAAGCAGUGGCCGCCUGCCAGCAUGAAAACGGAAGACCAAGACCUUGGCGGUCCUACAAUGAGGGAGGAAUUCGUUGAAGGAGGGAGAGACCUUUGUGCUUUCCAGACUGGGAGGAUGGGGGACAUUGUAUCCAGGGUACCAGGAGAGAAGGUGAAGCAGGAGCCGGGCGCAGGGCUGCUUCAGCACUGGGAAUCCCAGUGGCAGGAGUUCCUGAAAAUGGUUGAGUCCCACCACAUGCACUGGGCGAUCCCACCGCUGCCAGAAGAGUCUACCCCUUGGGAGGACGCCAAGGGCUUCCUGGCCUCCUUCGAGCAAGUGGCCAAAGCCUGUUGGUGGCCCCAGGAGGAGUGGGCGGCCCGGCUCCUGCCGGCACUCAGUGGAGAAGCGGAGCAGGCCUUCAGGGGCUUGGAAGCUGGGGACAGAGAGGAUUAUGGGAAAGUGAAGGCGGCCAUCUUGCGCCGGGACGCCCUGGCCCGGGAGCGGUGGUGCCACCGCUUCCGGCAUUUCUGCUACCAGGAGGCCGAGGGGCCGAGGGGGGCCUACAGCCGGCUGCGAGACGUUUGCCACCAGUGGCUCAAAGUGAAGAGGCACAGCAAGGAGCAGAUCCUGGAGCUGCUUAUCCUGGAGCAGUUCCUAGCCGUCUUGCCGCCCGAGGUCCAGGGAUGGGUGAGGGAGGUUGGGCCCGAAACGUGCUCCCAGGCGGUGGCUCUGGCGGAGGAGUUCUUGCUGAGGCAGCGAGAGGCCGAGAGGCCCCAGAAACAGGUGCAGGCAGCCUUUGAGGAGGACGGCUACAGUUUCUCUGAACCGGCGCAGGUUCUGACCAACACGGGGCAGAGGCAAAAGGAGAGGGGCGCGAAGGAGGAGGCCAGCUCUGGAGAUUUGAGCUCACGAGGUAAGGAGGAUACCAAAUCUCAGGUUUGCAGCCAAAAAGAUGUGGCACAAAAGGAAAAGGCACUGGGGAGGGGGGAGGAGGAGAGGGGGGAAAGCACACCUCAGUUACAGAAUUCUUGUCAUCAGCAGCUGGAAAGGAAAGUUUUCAAGGAGAGGAGGAGACAAACCUUUCUCUCCUUCCAGCAGAAAGACGUUGCCUUUCCUUCUGUCUCCCACGCCUAUAGGCCACAAAAUGAGAGUUACAUUUUUUCUCCCUAGUUCACCCUGUUGUUGUGUUUGGUUGUCAAUUCUUUUCAACAAUCACUGUGAUUUAUCUUUGAUUUAAAUUUGUAUGCUGCUUUCCCAUUUAAAACAAAAACAGAAAAACACUCAAAAUGUCUUGCCAAAGAACAACAAAAAUGUGAAUCAAUACACAAUUAACACUAAGAAUCGAAUACGGGUAAAUUGUUUCAAAACAUAGCAAUCCAACAGAGAACUCGCUUUUUUCUCUAUUUUUAAUUAAUUUCAUUUAGCAAAACUUAUAUUCCACUUAAUUGUAAUGAAACCUCUUAAGCGGCUUACAAGGAACAAAUAAAAUCAGUUACGAACAAGCAAUUAAAAUCCGUGAUAAACUAAAAUGAGAGCAAAAACACACCAACAUCUGCAUUUUUGGUUAGACUUCCCUAAGAAUUUUUUUUUAAAAAAAAGCAGGGACCAAAAUGAAUACAGUGAAUGCACCUGGCUGGUGUCAAUAGGCAGGGAGUUUCAAAGUGUAAGUGCUGAAAAUGUUACAACAUUUAAAGUCAUCGGAAAACAAAAGAUGGAUUAAAAUGUAUCUGUUAAUGAAAAAUAUAAAAAUCUUCCAGUACAAUCGCCCCUCUGUGACUGCACCAAAUAGAACAGAAACUAACCAUGUGUGUAAAACGUUUAAUAGAGGCUUUUAAAAAAAUAAAAUUGCUCGUAGUUCCUAGCAGCUUUAUCCUAUAUUAUAAAAGUAACUAAACCUGUACUCUAAAAGGCACUGCAAAAUUAUAGAGGUUAAAAAUUAAAGUGCAAACAUUUCAUAGCAGCUUGAUCAUAGAAAGUGGUAAAAAUAAUAAUCACUUGAUGCCUACAACUGGCCUCAAUAUUUACACCUGAUUAGUUACACCUGAAUCUG